AUGUCGCCAUACGUCCACGAAGCCGUCGCGCACCGCAGCAAACGCGUGCGCUUCUCCAACGAGCCUGAGUCCUCGCCGCCCUCGAUAUCCUCUGACUCCGCCCUCGCGUCGACAAACGCUGCAGACGAUUCUACCACGAAUGCAAGCGACUUUGGCACCUCGGAUAGCGACAGCGAACUAUCCGAAUCGAGCGAAGAGCCCAGCAGCGACGAGAGCUCAAGCGAGGAGGAAGACGACGAUGGCGAGGACACAGAGAUGGAGCUUGAAGAGCCACAAUCACAAGAUGGCGUCGUAAACCUCCGCGCCAACAGAGGCACGAAGCCGAUUAUGAAGUUGGGCAACGAAGAUCUAGGACCAGACAUUCGCGGCUUCCUCAAAGACUUUCUGCCGCAGUUGAAGGCUGCGAACGAGGAGCUGGAGGCGCAGAAGAAGGCCGGGACGCUGAAGAGUCUGGAAUCUGUAGAGGGACAGGACGAGGGCGAGCCGUAUAUUGAGAUGGACCUCGGACUAGGUGUUCUCGAAGAAAAAGACCCGAACGCGGACAGCGACAAGGACAGCGCGAGCGAUGCGGAAGACAGCGAUAAGGAAAAGGAUGUGUUGGGCAAGCUGAUGGGGCGCGAGAAGAGAGAUCCUGCGAGCAUCGAGGUCGUGCAAAACACAACAGAGUCAACAUGA